CUAAUGGUUAAUUUGUUUGGCUCAAUUGUUCUCUAUUCAUCAACAGAGAGAUGAGCCAAAGCAACUGCGACCCUUUCCCUUAUAAACUCAAAUCUCUCCGCCUACCUCCCUUUUCUCCUCUCACCCCCCCUUUCUCUCCCAUCCAAAGGUUCCUUCUUUUAAGGUUCUUCAUGCAUGUCUUCAUUUAUAAUUUUUUUUGUUUUGUUUUGAGACCAUCUUGAUUAGAUUCAUUUCCUUUUUUUUGCAUGAACACAAACAAUUUUGAAUUGAUAGAUAAUCAAUCAUCAACAUGGGUCGGGUUAAACUUGAAAUAAAAAGAAUAGAGAACACAACGAAUAGACAAGUUACGUUCUCAAAACGUAGAAAUGGUCUCAUCAAGAAAGCUUAUGAGUUGUCAAUCCUUUGUGAUAUUGAUAUUGCUCUUAUAAUGUUUUCUCCAUCAAAACGUCUUAGUCAUUUUUCCGGUAAAAGAAGGAUAGAAGAUGUUUUAAGUCGUUACAUUAAUCUUCCUGACCAAGAAAGAGAUAAUGCUGUAAGUUUUCCUGAGCCACCCUACCGCAGGGGUAUUCAGAACAAGGAGUAUUUUCUCAGGAUUCUUCAGCAGUUGAGAAGUGAAAAUGACGUAUCCCUUCAUAUGUCCAAUCCGGGAGACAUCAACUCUGAGAUUGAGGAACUCCAACAAGAAGUUUGUAGAUUACAACAACAACUUCAAAUGGCAGAGGAACAGAUAAGGAUAUACGAACCCGACCCAUUAAAGAUGACUUCUAUUGCAGAGCUUGAAACAAGUGAAAAAAACAUUGUAGAAACCAUGUCACGUGUCAUGCAGAGAAAGGAAGUUUUGUUGAACAACCAACUAUCUUCGUAUGAUCCAUCUAGUAUUCAGGGAAUGCCCACCACUUUCGAGAAUGUAGGUUGGCUACAAGAUAGUGGACAGAACCAUUCUCAUAACAUUUUUGACGCAUCAGCUCCUAUGGAUCCUCUCAGGGAUUUGUCCUCUGCUGUGUAUGGUUCAUUUUCACAAGGAACAAGUUCAAAUGUUGUUGAUCAAAGAAAUAUAGGAGAAUGCCACGUGGCAAAUCCAAACGAUGGAAACAUGCAAACAUGGCCACAAGGAUACACAUUAUAUCCUCAACAACAUCAUCAACAUAUUCAACAUGACAUAGUAGGAACUGAUCAUCAACAUCAUCAUCAUCACAACAUCCAAGAUAUGAUGCCACAUGGACAAAUGAACAUGCCAAUCACUGCCUCACAAGUUGAACCACCCAAAAAUGAAUCAUUAACAGAUCAAUAUGAUCAAUGUAAACAACCUAAUCAUCAGCUUCAUGCUCAAUGACACAAACUAAUAUAAAUAUAUGCUAUCAAGAUCAAGAAGCUAUAUUCUUAAAUUAUUUUGUGUUACAAAUAUGAUGUUAGUUAACCAGCUAUAAAUUUUCAUAUUAGCUGGAUAUCUGUAAAAUAAUUACGUAUCAUGUGCAUGUAAACUA